AGCCGAUUUCCAGCAGAAUUAAAUGAAAAAAUCACCGCAAAAAUUAUGGAUUUCGUGCCAAUUUGCAAAUUAUGUCUCGUAAAAGUCGAGAACGAGCAACGCCAACAAAUUUUAUGCGACGACACCAUUCAAAAUUUGACCAAUAUCAUCACUGAUCUGUUCGGGGACUUGGUCUUUCUCUCCUCCGCUGAGAUGCUCGCUCUCUGCAAAAGCUGCAAAUGGAAGCUCAACGACAUCCAAGUAUUCCGCAAAACAGUAAUAAAGAACCAAAAACGGUACGAAAUGAAGUUAUCCGAGUACGAAAUCGCCGCACCUGCCAUGGACGAGGAAUUUCUCGUCGAGGAAGAAGUCGAAAUCAAGCCAGAAAUUUAUCCGGAGGACUCUUCCAGGGACAUUUCAUCACCUGACGACACAAAACCCGAGCUCGAGGCAUCGGGAAAAAUCAAAACGUUGCGAAAACGGGCAAAACCUCCAACGAAACUCUUCAAAACGGAACGCGGUUGUGUCCAAACUGCAGAAAAGCAUGAAAAAGACGUCGAAGAUUUUGCGAUAAUUGCAGCGCAUUACGAACUAACGUGCGAUUUGUGUCCGGAAAAUCCAAAAUUUCAGAAUUAUCGUGAAGUGACGCGACAUUACACGAAGGCGCAUCGGAAACGUUGGACUUUUACGUGUUGCGGCAUGAAAUUAAAGGAUCGCAAUUCGGCUGUGGAACACGCUUUGUGCCAUAAAAACCCGAAAAUUUGCGAAUCGUGUGGCAUGCAAUUUGUGCUGAAAAAGCAGUUUAAGAAGCAUUUUUACGCGUGUCAACCGCGAUAUUGUUGUUUCUUCUGCAAUCAACUUUUCCGGAGGAAACACGAAAUUAGCGAACACAUUCAGUCAAAGCACGUCGUUCAUCCAAAAAUAAUUUGCGAAAUUUGUGGCAAGGAUUUCAGCUCAAUCGGGUCCGUGAAUGCCCAUAUGAAGCGAAAACACAGCGAAGGCAAGGCGGUGACGGUAUUUGAAGAGUGCCCCGAGUGCGGAAAGAAGAUGCAACGCUCGAGUUUGAAGAAUCACAUCAACGACAUGCACAAAAGGACGGAACCUUACAUUUGUAGCGACUGCGGAAGGACUUUUACGACGAGGAAAAACUUUAUGCGACACGUGAGAACGGUUCAUGUGGUCGGCAGAAAGUACAAAUGCACCAUUGAGGGAUGUAAUAAAGCUCUUUUGACGCCGGAGAGCUUAAAAGAACAUAUCGCGACCCACACGGGCAUCCCCUUGUACCAUUGCAAGUACUGCGAAUGGUCAUUCAAGUCGGCAGGGAACUAUUAUGCGCAUAUGAGACGCAAACAUCCGCUCGAACACGCCCAAAUGAAGCAAGAAACCAAGAACAAAGUGUACGGAGUCAUCGUUGAAGGCACACAAACCGUCGCGGAAACCGGAAAAAGCUAGAAAUAAACGAAAAAUUACUUAAAAAUUAAUUUAUUCCAAAAAAAAAUUUUUUUUUUCAUUAAUUCUAGUAGAUAAAAAUGCAGGAAAUACUGGAAAUUGAAUGUGCAGAGGAAAUUUUUUGCGUUUUUUCCUUAACCGUAUCCACGAAAUGCUCUGAAGGAUAAAAAUGCGUCCAAGCCGUGAACUAU